AUGUACUCGUGGAACGCGUCUGCCGUGCGACGGUUCGGGUUUCUGUUUGCUGUCGCUGGCCAUUUGCGCGACUUGGAAAAGUCCAAGUACGUUCUGUCGAACGGAUUUAUUUUCCAGUCGCUCGUCAGCAACAACUUAUCGUUGAUAUCGAAUGCGUUGGUGAUGAAAACAACAAGAUUCGUCGCAAACACGUCGUGCGACUCGAUCUGGCCCAGCAGCCGCGGCAGCAGCACGUUGCCGAUCUGUAAAAGCGUCGACCCUGGCUUGGCCUUGCCAACCAGACUAUUUCCUAGAGUGAGCUUCAGCUGUCUGUCCUCGGACGACUUGCUAAAAAACACCGGUCCAAACGACUCCACCACAAACUCCAGUCUGUUCAGCAGCAUCAGCGAGUUGAGGGUCUGCAUCGGCACAGGGUUGAGUCCAGAGUACUUUUCAAAGGCCAGAUAG